AUGAGUCGCUAUCUUACGCCUUCCAAGGUCGCCUUGCUAUGUCUGGUGUCCUUGUACACCGAAGGAAUUGUCCCCAACACUUCGGCUGUACCGAUUCUUUCUUUUCUAGUCGCUCAUAUCCUCCCUGUGCGCCCCGGAGACUCAGACAAGUCGUCCCGUGCAUUCAAUCGAGACAGGAACCACGCUGUGUCUAUGGAUGAGUUGGAAGAGGUUCUUGCGUACCAUGCCUCCUCGAUUCCCGGGCGUUCUGUGUGGGAUCUGUUACUUCGGAAAAUGUGGUCAUUAGACUGCUGCGAUGCCCUGGAAAGCUUCUUUGCCGACAUACACUGCAUUGUUGAAAAGCCGAGGGAAGAACUGAUCUACGAGAGAGACAACGGUAUUGUGCCUGUGAUGGAUCGUAUGCUUCUGUCCCGAUCUUCUCCUCUCGGUGCCUUUGUGCGUCGAGCCCAGCUUGAGUUUACGAGGCUUCAAUUUCACGACUCGGUUAGAUUAUGGCGUGGCUUUAUAAAAUAUCGGUUGCCGACAUAUCGGGCUUGGGCGAGACGACAUCCGUCUGGAGGACAGUCGGCUGUUGAUGCCAACCUAGCAGAGCUUGGCCUGGACUCUGGCAGUUACCUUGGCCAGGUGAUUUAUCGCAACAUUGAAUAUGAUUCUGAUGAAGAGGCUGGAAUAAGCACCAAGGAUGUGGAGCAAUUAUUAAUCUUCCAGGUCGAAGAACUGCAAAGAAUUGGUGGUCGAGUGCCGGAUGAAGUUAGGGACCAGCUCGAGUAUAUUAUUUCGACCGGGGUGACCGUUCCGAGCAUGUCACACUAUAUACGCUUCUUAGAUGCGUGGAAGGCUGGAGAUUAUCCAUCAUCCUUUGAUAAUCUGCAUCGAUAUUUUGACUAUACGGUGCACAGUAGAGAUCGAAGUUUCUACCAAUACGCUUUACUCAACCUAGCCAUCUUGCAUGCUGACUUUGGUUCUUAUGCCGAGGCGGUGUCUGCCAUGCAAGAAGCCAUUUCAAUUGCGCGGGAAUCGCACGAUAUGAAUUGUCUGAACUUUUGCAUGAGCUGGCUAUAUCAUUUUGGAAAAGCAUUUCCGGAGGAAAUGAAGCAUGUCCAGAACACCGGCAUGCUUGGUAGUGAAAAGGAAGGCCUUGCCUUUCUAAAGGCAAAGGCUAAAGAGACUGAAUCAUGGGGCUUGCUCAUGGGCAAAAAGGGCGAGAGUCUGGCGUCUGUUUUUGAAAACGUCGUCAAAUCUUCCUACCUGAAUCUGACCAAGGAUUUGAGAACAACGAUGGGCCCACAACUGUUGCUGGAGGCAUCCUUAUUUUCUCGGAUAGGUCUCACACACAUCGCAUCAUUACACUGCGACAUUUUCCGCGAAUGCUACGCAAAGGGAGCACCUGUGGAAGACCAUCUCAAAAUUGCCUAUCGAAGCAGUCAGUUGCGGUGGUCACAAAAGAGCAAUGGCUCGUAUCGACGAUAUACUGCCGGCAGAUUCACGGUCACUCAAAACAUCGGAAUCCAUGACAUUGACCUAAUUCUUCAGCUUUCCUUUUUGGAAAUCGAAUUCCGUCUCCGCAGGGGCCACUAUACACAAGCAAUGGCAAUCGUGGAGGAUAUAGCGCAGUCCAUACAACAAGAAAACUUCGACGUCUUGACUCAAAUAAGACUACUUUGCUACAAAGCAAGAAUUCUUGAGAAAACUGGCCUGCCGCAAAGAGGGUUUUCCAUGGCAAUGCGAGCUGCUAGCAUUGCUCACCGAUCUCGUGUGUUACCAGGUCUAUGGGAGGCUAUUCGUGUACUUGCCGUAGUACUCUUGAGUCUUCAUGAAUUCGAAGCCGCUUCAGAGAUGAUGGAGAGCAUCAUGCCCCAAGUUCUCGAGCUAGACGAUCGUUAUCUCACCGCACGGUCGUAUUCUAUUUUGGUGGAUGCAAACAUGGGUCUGGCCGGUGAAUGUUCGUCUACUAGUGGCGGUGACGGUAGGAACCACAAAACCGCUGAUCCAUUGAAGAAGAAAGAAUAUGUAACGAGAGCACUCGCAUACAUUGAUUGCUCUUAUGACGAGUACGAGGCUAUUGAAGACGUGUUGGGCCAAUCUCGCUGUCUAGCUGCGAAGCCGCCUGGAUUCUUCAAGAAAAGCACGGAAGAGCUCAGUCGUCUGACACGCAUCGCAUGGAACACGGAAGCACUCUCAACGCCAACCAAGCCAUACAAGCUUCUCGAUUUCGAAGAUGAAUCGUCAGUCGCGUCCUGCAAGACCAUGGCGGAUCGCGCCGUCGGCGGUUUCAGUACAGCCGAUCUAGACUAUGUCCCUGCGACUGCGACUGAGCCGGCACAUGCGCGAUUCCACGGAAGCAUAUCGACAAAACUGCCAAAUAACUGGCGCGUGGAGCGCACGGGAUAUGCUGCUUUCCGAAACCGAGAUAAAGGGUACUGGCUCUUUGGGCGCUUGUUCUGGGACGUCGAUCCUUACACAUACUUAGCCCUGCGAGUGAAGAGCGAUGGACGAAGAUAUACGAUCAAUAUUCAGAGCGACUCCAUUGUGGAAACUGAUAUUCAUCAACAUAGACUUUACACAAGACAUCAUCGCGUCCAUGGCCGGCCGUCCGAAGCUUCAAGUCCCCUGGCCGCGGCAGCUGAAGCAUCAGAGGUUAAUGACAUUAAUGACAAGCUGUAUCCCGGUGGCAUUCCUCCAUCGCUAUCCGAUAUUCCUCCUGCAGAGACCAUUAUAAGCGCAACAACAUCUGGCUCGGCAGGAUGGGAGACUGUGCUUCUACCAUUCCAGUCUUUUGUUCGCACAAAUUAUGGCAUGAUCAUCGAACCGCAGCACUCUUUACUGAAAAAUAGAGUCAAGUCAAUUGGGAUCGGUCUUACUGAUCGAGUGGAGGGUCCCUACGAUCUGCGAAUACACCGAAUAUGGGCUACGAAUGGCAUAAGUGAAGAAGAGAUCGAGGAAGAGAGGAGGAUAUGUGGUGAGAAUGCCUUGACAGUUGAUGAAGGUGUUAGGACGCUGUGGGGUUCGAAGAAAGAGGCCUUUCCAUCUGCGGAGCAAGAAGCUGAGGACAAAAAGAAAGACACUCAAAAAGUGGCUGAAAAGAAGGUGACUGGCACCAAGGGCUUAAAGGGGCUGAAGGAGGAGUGGGAGUAG